AUGACAGGCCGCAUCUUACAUCCCCACCGCGACGGUAAUCCGAAGACAUUCGGCUUACUUCCUGUAACGCCUGUUCCAGUAGACUGUCUGGAAGACUAUUUUGCUGGGCAGGCCUGCUCUCGCUCUCUCACCCAGAGUGCUAAUUCCGAGUUUAAUUCUCGAGCACCCAUAGAUAUCGUGUGGACGUGGGUUAAUGGCAGUGACCCCCUCCAUCUUGCAGCCCUAGACGAUACCAAACAUGCCUACGGAUAUAGUAGCUCGAAACCUAAGCUGUAUCGCGAUCAUAAUGAACUCAAAUAUUCUAUGCGUUCGGCGGUAGCACAUUUUCGACACGGCGUCGGCUCCUUUCACCUACUCACCUCCGAUACUGCUGCCUCCAAUUCCCCGCUUACUAGCGAAGUGCGCUGUGGCCAAAUCCCUCAGUGGCUUUCAGGCUCACGAUGGACAGAUGGAUCUAUCUCCUUGGACAUUCAGCACCAUUCCCAGUUCUUUACUCCCAGCGAAUAUUUCAGUCCUACAUUCAACAGCUUCGCCAUAGAGUCGCACCUCGGAAGUCUCUGCGGUGUUUCCGAGAACUUCAUUUAUAUGAAUGACGACUUUUUUUUCAAUGGAGAUGUCGAGACUGAAGAUUUCUACACACCAUUCUUUGGACCUGUUCUUCGAUUCGACUAUGGGGUAGGCGUCGACCCGCACAAUCCAUCUGGUGCGGAUCCGGACGGAGAGUGGCGUCCCUUGGACUAUAGCAGCCAUUUACUGUCCAAGCGAUUUGGCUUAAGGCCACGCCUGUACAUCGUCCAUGCCCAGAAGCUCAUUAAUAUGCCUAUCAUGCACGAGAUGUCUGUAGGCAUGUGGUCGGAAGAGUUCAGAGCUACUGCGCAUCAUCCCUUCCGAGGAAUGAACGGACGGCCAACGGAGACUGACCCAGCCCCCGAACAUGCCCGUGACGGGGACGACGUUCAUCCUGGUUUUAUGUUCAGUAAUUAUCUCAUUGAUCGUGGGCGAGAGGCGCUCUUAUGGUCAUGGGUCGUCGGCCGUAUUGGUGGAAAGGGAACACUGUCUGUAAAUCAAGAAACUCCCGAUUGGUUAGAUAGCGAUGAUCGCUGGGACCCAGAAUUGCACGGCGCACGAGCAUGGGAGGAACUUGGAGGAGUCGUCGGCAAGGCCAAGAUCGUAGUACAGGUCCCCAAAAGAGAAACACUUGACCAUAAUCGUGUCGAAAGUCUCGUGAACAAACGGAGACCGGAAAUGCAGAGUCAAUAUGUCUUUUCGUCUCAGGAUGGAUGCCCGCUGCAAUACACGAAACCCAAUAUACCUGGACACCCACCAAAACUGGCCGAGAAUCCACAUUACAAAAAUUUCGGAUGGAGGACAGCGGCUCUCUGUGAAAUUCGGUGGAAUCAGUGUUUCGAGAAAGACGGUGGACCUAUUGAGAGUGCCAGCGAGCUUCUCGUUCAUGUGGCGUUCGAGAAUGUCAACUGUGGAGAUUGCAGGCCUCUCAGUUUGUCCGAAUUCCUUCCAUCACCAAAUAGGACUGUGCCACUACGCCUGCCGCAAAACUACGUCGACGAAUUACCUCCCAUCGGACCCCCGCAUCUACCUCUAGCGCCUGACUAUCAUGACAUCGACUUCUCUUUGCAAUUCGUAAUGGCACCGUGGAUUGAAGAGGCCGCUCAGAGGCGAGGAUCGGAGGAAGGAGCACCAGGGAUCAGUGUCAGAGAAUGGACGAUGAUGGUCCUUCAAAGGUACCGCUAUGUUGUAGGCGAACUGCCAACGAGAUUCCUCUCAAUUGACACGCCUUCCGCAGCCCGCAGCGGCGUCAAAGGUCUUGGAAAUGAUGCUUUGAGGUUAGUGUGCAUCAACGACGAUGUCAGGAACGAAAAUGACGUGUCUGCCGUUGAUGAAACCCUACAAGAUUGGUUCAGUUCCAAGUGGCCAACACCAGCAGCUUGGGAGACAUGA